AAUAACAAAAAAGGUAAACAAGAGAAAACUUUGAACAGAAAAAAUGGAACCAAACGAUAAAUUACUGACAGAAGAGUUAAUAAGGAAAAUAAAAACCCAACAAAAGAAAACAAGCGGCGUAAAACGUCUCCCGCGACGAAAAUAUGUGCCUCGAAAUCCAAAUCUCCCAAAAAAUUUCAUCCCUCAACCCACAAGUCACGAACUCGAAGAAGGAGAAAUUCCUGUACAAAACCCGCUCAACUCGUUAAUGCAAAAAUUCUCCACAGAACCCGUCAGCAAUCCCGAAGUACAAAUCAAAAAAAUCAACACGCCGCCAAAUGUGAAGCAAGAAGAGGAAAUCACCGUCACCCCGGAUGUUCAAAAUUUCCUCACAGAACCCGAAACGCCGUCGUCUCAGCGACACGCCGACAAUCAAAUUUUGCUGAAAAAAGUGCGAGCUUUGAUAUUUCCGUGUCCGCUUUGCCCGAUGGAAGCUACUCAGGGUCACAUUCGGUUCCAUUUGCACAGCGUUCACGGAGCUCUUUUGCGGGAUUUUGAAGCAAUUCACACGUGUCUCAUUUGUUGUCAAGGCAUCAAGUCAAAAGAUGUGUUGGCGCACAGUUUAUCGCACGACUUUGACAUGGCACACGAUUGUAACCACUGUGAUGAUCGAUUUUUCUACAAAAUUCGACUUGACCAACAUUUGGAAAAAGUACAUCAAACAUUUUCAUGCGAAUUAUGCGAAAUGACGUUUUACUCGAAAAAAGAAUGGAAACAACACGCGACGGAUAAAGUUCAUAAAAUGAAAAAAUUCGCACAGGAAGAACUUCACAAAAGAGGAAUAAAUUUAUGUUGAAUUUAAUAAAAUUAUUUUAUUUAAAAAAAAAA